AUGAACAAAGAGGGGUUCGGAGUGAUAACAGUUGGUGGUGGUUCUUGGAGCGAUGAAGAAGCCUGUGAUGCGGCUAAAUCUGUGGUAGAUUUCAUGGUUGCAGCUCGGUUAGUAGCCUGCUGUGCAGUUAUAAUUUGUUGCAUAAUCAGUGCUUGCUGGAAUUGCAUUUGUGGCAUGGCAACAGCUCGUUGCAUCAUCAAAGGAAGAGAGUAUGAAGCAAGUGAAGAGUUCGUGGUUGUUUUGGGCGAAAGUGAUUUUGACAUUUCAAAGGAUGCCCCCAACAUCAAUAUUGAGCUUGCACCUGAGUUGCAUGAGCUUGAAGGACUUGGGCAGCAACUAUUGCCUGAGCGAUGGCCAUUACAGCAGCAGAAGGGAGAUCGAAGCAGAAAAGCAGAUGGAGGGCAGAUUAGGACAGCAAUUUGGCAUGGUUUUUGUAGAAACAAGGUUGGAGAAAAUGGACAGCAUUAUACUCAAGAAUUGGACUGUUAUUGGAUUAAAACAGUGCUGGAAAAAAUGGGCAGCAUUGGGACUGUUUUGCAGCAAGAAUAA